AUGAGCUCUAAUAGUACCAUCGGGUGGGACACCUCUAGUCAAUCUGGUACGGAAUUACUGUCCUUCAGUGAACCGAAUAGCAGUCCAGUUUCGUCAUCGACCGAUGUUCUACUCACAUCUUCUUCAACAUUAAUACCGGAACAGGGAAGUCUGACCUCAUUGCCAACUGGUUCUGACACGUACACUCACACCUACCACUCUUCUAGUUCAACUUUUGAUGAUAAUAUGUAUUCUUCCUUCUCCGGGUCUUCGACAUACACUUUAGUAUCGUCUUCCAUCGACAGUUUAUCGAGUGGGCAAAACACAGAAAGCUCACAAUAUGAUUCAACCACUACUUCAUACUCUAUAAUUACGCCAUCUCUAUCGAUGCUUUCAUCAGCACCGUCCACAUUAUCCACAUUGCCAAUGUCGAUAUCGUCACCAUCAACAUUAUCACCACCAUCAACACUAUCAUCAACGUCGUCAUUGACAAUAUCAUUGUCAUUAUCUUCGUCGUUGUUGUCCUCUUCAUCGCCGUCAUCAUCGCCAGCAUCGACAUAUUCAAACUCCGAAGAGCUCUCGCUCGACAGCGCCUCUGCUACUUUCUCCUCAUCAAUAACUACUGCCAUAUCCCCUAGUUAUACUGCCCUGUUUUCUAUAUUUACAACUUCUUCGCAAAUUUCCAUGACUUCGCAAACCACGUCAAUAAGUUUCACACCUUCUACAACAUCAAGCGAUGACAUCAGAUUCUCUAAUUUUGAUCAGGGUACUUCCAUAUUAACAGACACUUACUCUUCCUUGCCUUUAUCAGCGACCGAUUCUUCUCUGACAGAUAAACCUUCAAAGUUGAAUUCAUCAGACUCAUCGACAUUUUCAGUUGCUUCAAAAACUACUACUUCCAUACCGACAUUAAUUUCAAUCAUAAGUUCAAGUAGUGCGCCAUCUUCAAACCGCAUUCCAUCAGGUGGUACGAAAAGCACAUAUCUGAGCUCUUCCGCCAGCAACGUUACAUAUUCUUCUCAGCUAAUGAUUUCUACUUCUAGCAGUGACGUGCCACUGACAACAAGCGCUCUCACCACCACUACGGUUGCUACGCCUUCAACGUCAACAUCUAAUCCAGCUUACAAUAUGGGACCUAUAUCAAGCUCCGGAGACUCUAAAACUAUUUAUUAUUUCUAUACUCAAGCUUACGAUAUUACUGGCUCUUCUACAACAUUUGCGACUGGUUUACCCACUACUAUCGCGCUUGCAAAAAGUGCAGCAACCUCAUUUUUGGCUCCAUCCUCAACCAUUACUGCAGAUAUGUCUUUUUAUCAGCAUUGGCUAGACGGUAGUUUGGACAAUAACCAAAAUCAAGGCACUUCGAAGUCAAACACUGGUACCAUUGUUGGAAGUGUAGUGGGUGGUGUUGGAGGCAUCCUUGUAUGUGCGCUCGUAGUUUGGUUCAUCCUGUUUAAAAAGAGAAAAGCCAAGAGAGCAUUCAAGGAAAGCGACUCCUUCUCUCACGAAAUUGGACGCAGGACGGGGUUCCCCACAACUGCUCAAGCAAAAGAGACUUCGCUCCAUGCUCAAGAGUCUGGAGCCCAACAAGGAAGCAUUGAGAAUGCUUCUACCAGUAAUCCCUUCAGCAAUGAAUUUAAUUUCAAGGCAAGGGGUGCUCCUCCAGUACCACUACCAAGGAAUGGUAUGACCAUCAAUAACUUCUCACAAACUAUGCGCAAUGAUGCUAUGAACGCGGAAAACAGAUUUUCGUACGGUUCCUCAUUUACAUAUUCGUCGUUGGGUUCAUCGACUCAGGGUGGAUUCUCUACUCUUUCUUCAAAUUCAAUACGCCUAGGACAUGGGCUAGAUAAUAAUGCCUCAAAUGACGGAAGAAGUCCUUCACAAAACAAUCCAGAAGGGUUUCUGAGAGAAAUCAUAUGA